CUCAGGACAGGGGUAGAGAUUCACCACUCAAAGCCGUGUAUCGCUUGUAUUCAACAGGGGGGAAACUAUUAUCUGACAAUUUCAAUACAAGUUUGCUCGUACAAUGUGAGGAAAAUGACCGAGGCAAGCUCUGACUGGGUGGAGAUCCUGGAGCCACGCUCCAGGGAGCGCAUGUAUGUGAACCUGGUGACGGGAGAGUGUGGCUGGGACCCCCCCACCGGCGUGCCCGUGCGCCAGUCCGACGGCAACCAGUGGUGGGAGCUCUUCGACAACAACAACAACCGCUUCUACUACUACAACUCGGUGAGCCAGCAGACAGUGUGGCACCAGCCGCAGAACUGCGACAUCGUGCCCCUGGCCCAGCUCCAGGCCAUGAAGCGCAGCUCCGAGUCUCUCGGGCUCAGCGGCAAGCUGCGGACGGGCGGGGCUGGGGGCUCUGAGGGCCGGCUUACGCCCCUGCGGGGAACCAGUCCAGUGCCCUACGUCGUGCCCCCGCCUCAGGAACUGGACAGCAGCGGACGGGAGACCCCCUCUCCGGGCAGAACUGACAGCCUGGGCAGCAGGAAGGAAGCUGGCAGGGAGUCCGCACAAAGAUGGCAGCCAGCUCCUGGGUCAAAGGCGGCCAUGUUGGUGAAGGUCAACAGCAUCGGCAGGAACCAGGCAGCGGGGCCCACUAGUUCUCUGCAGCUUCUCCACCAGAAGAGCAACAGCACUGCAGGCGCUCCUGCCAGCCGGCCGGCGGGGGGGUACAUGUACCCGGCUCAGACCGAGAAAGCCGCCUCCUCUGGGAAGAUGGCGCUGCCUGUGGACUCCAGGCAGGCGCUGCACCUGAAGAAGGCGGAUAGCGGGAACUUCUGCCUGGUGAUGCCCGGCAGCAGCUCUCAGUCCGGCCCGGCCUACCAGCCCCCUCAGCGCCCCCAGGGCAGCUCCUCCCGGCCCUCGUCCCCUCAGUACGGCGCCACGCCCCCCAUCUACGACGAGCCUCCCAUGGAGUCGCCCAUCUACGACGAGCCCCCGGUGGAGAUGGAGGUGGAGGGAGCGCACCUGGCGACCCGCCCUGUGCCGCCCCAGUUCACCCCCACUCACAGCCUGCAGAGACAGGGCCAACAGCCCAAACUGCUGCAGUAUCCCCCGUCCCACCUCAGCUCCAAGCACAAGAGGACCCCCUCCGCCACCGAGUACAGCCCCGCCGGCCGGGAAUGCAUCAAGCACAUGGUGAACGUGGACCCCGGGGCCUCCAAACCGGGGGCCCUGCCGGCCUCCCCCGCCCCGGCCGAGCUCCCGCCCGGGCCGGCCAAGGCGGCGCAGAAGGAGGCGGCUCUGGAGAAGAAGCAGUCCUGGAGGCUGCUGGAGGCCAACGUGCUGAAGAGCAUCGAGGCCCGGCACAGCCGGCAGAACAGCCUGGCCUCGCAGGAGUACCCUGCCGCCGCCACCGUCAACUACCAGGACUCGGGCUACUCCACGGGCCCCUCGCCCAGCCUGCGCCGCAAGAACCGCCGCCGCCAGAUGGCGGGGCAGGGCCGGCCGGGCUCGGUGGGCAGCAGCGGAGAGCUCAACGCGCUGAACGAGAAGCUGAUGGCGGAGAUGAAGGCCGUGGUGGGCCGCUCCAACACGGUGCGCGGCAGCAAGGCCAGUCUGGACACGGAGAUGUCGGAGAACUCCAUCCCCCGCGCCCGCUCCCCGCUCGACUCCCUCAGGAAGUACGCGGGCCGGGGCGGCUCGCGGGAGGACCUCUCCGCCAGCAGCCGCUCCCUGCACCGGGCCGGUAACCACGGCGACGUGCCCCUCUCCCCCCUGGCCUGCGAGGGCACGGGCAGACAGAAACGCACCUACGAGAAGGUGGACUCCCUCGAGAAAAGUGUGACCAGCCAGAUAAGCCUGUCCUCCCCCGAGCCUCCCAGGUCCCCCUCUCAGGCAGGAACACUGGAAUCCAGGGGUCAGCUGGAGAACGGGUCUCAGGGUGGGGGCACGGUGCGGGGCGGGACGCUGGGCUCCCACCACACGGGCAGCGGGGGCGCGGGGGGAGGGUACCAGUUCCCCUACGCCACCCUGUGCAAGCCGCCCCCCGACGUCAACAUGGUGGACUGGGCCAGCAAGAACCUCAACAUGCACACGCAGGGCAUCUUCCGCCGGCGCGUCUCCAUCGCCAACAUGCUCUCCUGGAACAGGGGCUCCAUCAAGAAGCCCAUGCUGAUCACCAGCGACCGCACCAUCAAGAAGGAGGCCUGCGAGAUGUUCAAGCUGGUGCAGGCCUACAUGGGAGACCGGCAGGCGCGGCUGGACAGGAGGCACGUGGCCCUGCUCAUCGUCACCAAGUGCUGGGGCACGCAGGGGCUCCGCGACGAGCUGUACGUGCAGCUGGUGCGGCAGACCACCGACAACCUGUGCCUGCGCAGCCUGGCGGCCGGCUGGGAGCUCAUGGCCAUCAGCCUGGCCUUCUUCUCCCCCUCGCCCAAGUUCCGCCGCUACCUGGAGGGCUACAUCCAGAGGCACCUGGAGCCGGCCCACGACAAGAAAAGUGAGUCUGAGUCAGACGUAAUGCAGCACAUAAUGGAGCAACAGGACAUGAAGAACAAGAAGAACUCAAAGUCCAGGAAGAAGAGGAAACAGAACAAUGAAGAGGAAGAAGAUGAGGGCCUGCCCAUCAGCACAUAUGCAAAGUACUGCUACCGCAAGCUGCAGAAAGUGGCGGUGACUGGAGGGAAAAAGGGCCUCCGCAAGCCCACUCUGGAGGAGAUCGACCACGGGCGGAACGCCAUCGUGACACCCUCGCUGUUCGGCAGCGCGCUGGAGGAGAUCAUGGAGCGGCAGCGCGACCUCUUCCCCGGCCGCAGGCUGCCCUGGGCGCAGGUGCAGCUGUCCCAAUGCGUGCUGGCGCUGGGCGGGGCUCAGACCGAGGGCAUCUUCAGAGUGCCUGGAGACAUCGACGAGGUGAAUGCGCUGAAACUGCAGGUGGAUCAGUGGAAAAUCCCGGAAAAUAUGUCCGAUCCCACUGUCCCAGCCUCCCUGCUGAAGCUGUGGUACCGCGAGCUGGAGGAGCCUGUGAUCCCGCAGAGCUUCUACAAGCAGUGCAUCAGCAACUACGAGGACCCGGAGGCAGCCAUCAGCGUGGUGCAGUCCCUGCCCGAGCUCAGCCGACUGGUGCUCUGUUACUUCAUCCACUUCCUGCAGGUGUUUGCCCAGCCAGUCAACGUCAGCAAAACCAAGAUGGACGUCAACAACCUUGCCAUGGUGAUGGCACCCAACUGCCUGCGCUGCCAGUCAGACGACCCGCGGGUCAUCUUUGAGAACACGCGCAAGGAGAUGUCCUUUCUGCGUAUGCUCAUUGUACACCUGGACACCAGCUUCGUCAAGGGCAUCGUGUGAGAUCAGACCCCCAGCCUCUCCUGCCGGCUUGUUCUGGCCCAGUGCCUGUCCUCUGCUCCGCUCUCUCGUUCUCUCCUGCCGCCUCAUCCUUCACUGCUGCAGUCUGGGGUUCUGUACAUUUACUGGAUCUCUGCUCAUUUUCUUCAUUCAUAUUGUUAAUUCUCUUUGGACCGAGGGAACCUUAAAUGAGGAAACACAUGUAGUCGUCCAGGUCAUCUCCCAAUGUCCACAAACACUGGACUGUGCUGUUAAAAUUCAUCAUAUGAAGUGUAUUGUGAAUAGACGAUAAUGCACAAGCAGUGUAAAAAAACAGCAAGGUUUUUUUUUUAAUGUACAAGUAAUAUCUAUUUUAAUAUGUUAUUUCUGUGGUGGUUGUGAAUGGUGCCUCAUGCACUGAUACCAUCAAAACUGGCACACAUCAUGGAAUGGCCAUGUAAUGUAACCAUUUUUGUUUGUUUUUGUUUUAUUUUUUAAACAUAUGUAUGAAAGCAGUGAUUCUCUUCUUAUUAUAAUUUAAUUCUGAUUGGUUUGUUUUUAUUUAAUUUAACUUCUGGGUAAACCGAGCUGGGGAGAUGGGCUGAAUGGGCCUGUGCCCAACUCAAGGAGGCUUUCCAGGAGCAAACGCUGAGCAACGGCCUGGCAUGCCUCAUGGCACCUCACCGGGAACCUAUUUAUUUUUUCUCCAGCACCACUACUACAGAAAAGCUGUUGACCGGAACCAUUGACCACUUCAGUCAGGCUGCAAGCAGGCCAAGCCCUACUCUGUGUGGUAGAGUGAAAGGCCUUGUCUGUACCCACAAGGCUAUGCAGCCACUAGAAACUAAAAAGUUUUGAAAAAUAAGGAGAAUUUUAUUCUGAAAAACUUUCAACUUUUUUACUGUAGAUAAUUACACAGGAAUCCGAGGGGUUGGGGACUGGGGGUAUAGCCUAGGUAUUAUACAUUUUCCAGAGGUCCUGUUUGCAAAGCACACACAGGAAAACAAUUAUACCUUUGAACGGCUUGUAAAAAUGCUAAUUUUAGGGAUUAGCAGUCAGGCAAAAGGAAUGAGAGAGAAUGUGAGGGAGCUCUGUCUUCAUUCAGGGCUGUACCUGUGGAUAUAUGAGCUAUACAACCAAAAGUCAAAAUGGUCCAUCUUUUAAUCAGAUGGUUCAUUUGUGGCAGGCUGGAAGGAAGACCAAAAAAUAUAUAUUUUUAGAAAGGUAUUACGAACAUGGCAGGGUCUUGCUUUUCAGAAUAAACCUUGUGCCUCAAAAAUGUUGAUUAUUUGAAAUUCAUAUUUCAGCUGUUUAGUGAAGGGCCCCUCUGGCUGCUCCCUAAAUGUCUCUGUUAUAUUUAGCUGUGUGGUUGGGGUUUUGGGCUUUAAGCAGCCCACAUGUUUUUCCACUUGCUUCCUUACAUUGAGGGCUUUUUGGCAGGCCUGUGCUGAUGGAUGGGGUGGGGGAUGAUUACUCCAUGUACAUCCUAAAAUGUAUUUCUGCAUUGAUGCUCAGUGACACACUGAAUCGCAUGUGUAGCUCUGUGCUUGUGUUUGUGUGCGCAGGCAUACCCCUACUUGUUCCUGGAAGCUGGAAUUCCUAAAUUAGAGGGUACGUUAAGCCAGAAAUUUUAUUUUGAGGUUAGCUAGCUUGUUGCUAGCUUUUCCAGUAUUUCAGUUUUCUCCCUUUUUUAAACUCUAACAUAAAAAGUGCCCCCACUCAAUAGCUAUGUGACACAGACUGCAUGUCUUCCCAAAAAUACACACCCUGCUAACUGUCCCGGGUGAAUCCGGAAUGCACGUGGGGUCUGCACAUGGGACAAUGGGUGUGGGUGCCUAUCAAGAUGUGACAUAGCUACAAAACUCAUGCCAGGAUGGGGGGGGGGGGGUGUUGGAAGAGUUUUGCUUUGUUGUUCAACAAGUAAUCUACUGUCCUGAAAUACUAGUGUUAUACCUUUUUGCUGCCCCUAUUAACUUUAGUAAAUUUCAGGUUUAGUAAAGAGAUAUGCAACUUUCACAUUGCAAUAUGAAGGACUAGAUUAACAUUUACAGUAUGUAGGUGCAGAAUGGACCAUCUCAUUGGUUGAGUGCUUGAGGGACAGUAUGUUGAUGUUUUACAUUCACUGCUUUCCGUGAGAACAAUCUACAGUCAAACCAGCUGAAAGUUUGUCAGAGAAUAGCACACGCUCCGGAAUGAUGCAGAUUUCCUGGAACCUGGCUGGUCAUCCAGUCUUCACUGGUGUAAAUACAACCUGUGAAUAGGAAGGUCUUAAUUACUGUACUCUCAGAUCCACGAGGAUAACUGUGCUUCCGGAUUUUAUUUAAGGCGGAAGUUUUCUCUUGUUCAUAACUUUGUGUCAUUGCCAUUGACUGCCAGUUACCAAUGCAGCUUUUAUGUUUUCUCACUGUAUAUCUUGCUUUCCCUUUUGAAUAAUUGUUGAAAAAAGUGAGCUGUAUUACUUUAAACUGUACCUGUACAGUUACUUAGCAACAAGUCGCUCUCCUGUAUUGCACUUAGCUUCUCUUUCUCCUUACUCGCUGCUGUUUCCUGUUUAUGGAUGCUGUUGGCUCUUGUAAAUGCCCCUGCAAGUUUUUGAUAUGUUGUGUGUGUGCGUGUGUGUGUGUGUGUGUGUGUGUGUGUAAAUACAGCUAGUGACAUUUGAUAAUGGUGAUGUGGAUGCCUUUAUUUUCUCCCUAAUUUCAUAAAUGAAUGGAAAAAUAAAGUUUGUAAAUUUACAGGA